AAAACUUUUUUUCCAAAAAAAAUUUUUUCAGUAUGCUAAUUAUCUUACAAAGAUUGUGGAAUUUAAAAAAAAUGGUGAUUGGACAAUAUUUUUUUUCCUGGUAGUCAGGAGGAUACAACAAAAACACAGGCUAAACUAAGAUAAACAACAUCCUCAUACUGAUGAUUUCUUGUCACAGAAAAAGGAGAAUUAUGUUCCAUAACCAGUGAAAAGUUGAUCAGAUCAUUAGAAAACCUCCAAACAGCUUUCUGUAGAAUGUGUGUCUGGCAUCUGGAUGAAGCUUUGUUAUCAUCGCUUUUGUUUUUUUAUCAACUUUUGGCGAAGCUCAGUGACUAAUUGUCCAUCUUUAUUUUAGCAUCUGGUGUGUACAAAUAUUUCUGUUUUUUAUUAAAGAUGUGAGGAAGAACUGUUUAUGACGCUGAAUACCAGCAAAUAACUUUUCAUUUCACCCUAAUAAAACCGUAUUACAUGGUUCCACCUUGGGACUGGCUACUAAAGUUUUCUUCGUUUGUAUCUUCUGUUCUCUCAUCAAAGAGUAAACCUGGAUUGUCACGGUAACGGAAUGGCUUCCCGCCUCCUUCUCUUGUUCUUUGUUUUUUUAAGUCUCACCGGCCUGUCAGAGGAGAAUUGUCAUGAUCAUUUCUUCAAAGAACACUGGAACGGCACAAACAUGACUGAUCUGAUUCUCCUAGUAAAUGCCACCAGCACCGAGAAAAUCCUAAAUUGCACUAUAUGGAAAAACAGAGGGCGAGAAUUAUUUGAUAAAAUCAAUAAGGAUUGCUUUAAAGGCCUAAAUCUGGACACAAUCUGUACACAGACAACUGAAGGGAAACACAAAAUCCAUGCAUUUCACUUCAGGUGUUUUUAUGCCAGACUAUACAAAGUAAAUUACACAACUGAAUCCGCAAAAGAAAUCUAUGAAGAUUGCCAAAACUUCAGUUCUGAGAUCAAUACUUUGCAACAGCUAUGGAACAGUUUAGAUAAUGAUGUAACAUCUGCAGGAGCCACAUCAGUAUCUCCACCAACUACAUCAACAUUAUGUUCAACAACUACACUGACAACAUUCACCCCAACUAUGUCAUCGUCACUUGGCACAACUACAUCGACAACAUCUCCAACAACUACAUCGUCACUUAGGACAACUAUGUCGACAACAACUACUUUAAAGUCACGUAGGACAACUACGUCAACAAGAUCUCCGACAACUACGUUAACGUCACCUAGGACAACUACAUCGACAACAUCUCCACCAACUACGUCAAAAUCAUCUUUAACAACGCAGUCAACGGACUCUAACCCUAGUUUGCCAUGCUCUUUCCAAAGUGUGCCUCAUAUGAGUCAGAGAACAGAAACAUCAACACAAACAUGGCAAAUCGCCUGCAUCCUGGUGUUGUUGGUGCUGUCCAUCACGGGGAACCUCAUGCAGGGGCUCAACUCUUUCCUGCAGACGCGGAAACUCAAAAUGAAGCAGAAGCAGAUGAGUGCCGAAUGCAUCUGCCUAAAUCCAGACGUAACGGCGGCAGAAAAAAGCCCAGAGGAAGGCUUAAGUUACUCGAACGAAAGUGUGCAUUGAGGACCAAACUCAGGACCUCAUUUCAUCGAACUCUUCGCUCUCUGGUGGGAGGCAACUCUUUUCCUGGAUGAAAUGUUUCUAACAGAAUGAAGACACGAGCCUCGCAAUCAUUUUGUCCACUAAAAACAAACAACAGCAACAACAACAACAAAAAAGAAAAGACAUGAGAGAAGACGUUGCAGGAAGCUACGUUGGUCACAGAGUCUUCAAUCGGAGGCUGAACUCCAGCAGCACAGGUCACAUCACUCCAUUUGACUGAUUGCUGCUCCUCUGGAGCCGGGCUGAGGCGUGUGUGUGUGUGUGUGUUUGUGUUCCUCUCAUGAUGCUCAGUUAUGUGAACUGUAAUGGUUACAGGAAGAAGAACCAAUAACUGAAUCUAAUGUUUUAGUAGAAACUCAGGUGCACUGAACUGUACUGCAUUCACUGUGGAGUACCUGGUGAAAGUAUUCAUACCUGUUGGAAUGUUGUUGUUGUUGUGUGACUACUACAAACCGUCAAGUAUUUUAGUGGGAUUUUAUCUUUUACACCAGCACAGAGAAGAAUUCAGUUGUGCUACAUGGAAAACCCUUAAAACUGGUCGCCACUCAAUCUUGAACAUUAGUGUUGAAGUUCUGCCAAAUAUUCUCGACUGGAAGGUAAACCUUCGUUGUCGUCUUAAGUCUUUUACAACCUCCCAAACAUUUUCAACAAAUAUCAAAAGCCUCCCAGUUCCUGAAACACAUCCCCACGAUAAGAUGGUAUAUAUCCACCAGAUAUACCAACCCCAUGUGCCAUGGAUUUUAAAGCUGAAUUUUGGUCUCCAUCUUCUACAAGUUUGCUAGCUUGUGUCAACCUGCGGCGUUAUUCUCUACAGUGUAGCCUGGUGAAAAGCAGUGUGUUGUUGUUCCAUGCUUUAAUUGAAUGGAUCUGAUUUUACUCAGUAUGGAUGGGAUAUUCGUAAUGCACCUGCUGGAUCGUGAAGGAAGCUACGCCAUAAAGCUUACCGGAGAUUGCGGGCGCUGUAAACAACUUUCCCCCUACUGCCAAGAGAGAAGUGAAAGCCAAACGACACCAGGAAUAAAAUGUCUUAAACAUUCCUCUUGCUUCGACUUUAAUUGCUCAAUAUUUGGAAGCGUGGCCAACACAGACUGAACGAUUUUGUUGACUUCCUCCACUGCCACAUGCAGAUACAAUUCUAAAACAUAACAAAACCGCAACAUCAUUGUUCGCAACUCAACUUCUGUUAACUGAUUGGAUGAACCGAACCUGAGAAAUCAAACUCCAAUGGAGACAUCCCAGACAUAUCACUGAAGAGAGAUGAGAAUCAAGCAGAACUGUAUAGGAAUUUAAUGAUUAGGCUAACUUCUGCGCGUUAGUGUUCUACAUAAAACAUUCUACAUUGAUGUUUGAUUGAAACCUGACAUGUAAAACAUUUCAAGGGGUAUAAAUAUUUUUGGUAGGUACCGUCAAAAUUCUAAAGGGGAAAUUUAGAAUAUCUAAGUUUCACUUGAAAAGCUGCAGACUGAGGAAAAGCUCGGGGUGUUAUGAGAUUCCACAGCAUCGUUGUGCCAUGGUGUUUCUGGAAAUGUGAAAUCUGUCCUCUGAGCUACUGUCCAUCGUCAAAAUGUGAUUUCAUCUGAUGAGAAAAAUGUAAGCCAUUCUUACAGCUCCCACUUAUGAAGGUAGGAACUUGGACCUGACACAUUGUCUUGUGUUUUCGACUCCUACCUUUAAGUUCAGAAGGAAGUAGUUAUUGAAAUACUUCCCUGUUGUGUUGAUGGUGACAUUCAGCCACAAAAGCGUUGAAGUGCCCUCCAUCGCAUUAAAUUUGGCAGCAACAAUUUGGAUAAAGAAAAACAAAGUGAGAGACGAGGUACAAAAUAUUUGCAAGCCCACUGAGUAAGUGAGCCCGGCUUACUAGCCAGUUGAUAGGAGUUAGCUGGCUGCGUGGAUGCGUCCUAUCGGUACUAAACCACAGUGGUAACUUUUUAUUGCUUUUGGGCUUCAUUUAAACAUUGUCCUAAAAUGUGAAGCACCCAGAUUGAUCAGGUUUGAACUUAAAUAUCUUACAUUUACCAAAAACGCUCACAUUUAUGAAGCUGAGGUUUUUUGCGUGUGUGAAAAAUAAAAAGGAGGGUGGG